GCUUGUCAUAGCUACAAAGACCUGGUUUUUCAGACUUGCAACACACAAAAAUGUUUCACGAAUCAAGACUCAUUGAUCCUGAAGACCUGCGGAGAGAAUUGACCCACUAUGAUCCUGAAGAACUAAGAGCAACUGUAGGCUCUGAGACUGAAAACCAAGAAUCAAGGCGACAUGAACAUGAAAGUAACCCUGAAAUAAUUUAUAGCACGCAGGUGCUUAAAAGACCAUUUGAAGCAGAUUUGACCGUUAAAAGUGACGUGUUUAGGAGCGCUCAAAGAGAGAAAUUAUACAAACCGGAAACAUGGGAAAUCCAAAAGGACAUUGUAAAAAAGCCAAGCAUGGAACUUGCAUCAGCUAAAUUUAGCACAUGCCACAUUACAAACACCAUAAACGUGAUUGACAACAUUGACAGGCCAGCAGAAGCCUUUACAAAAGCCGUUUAUGCUCAAAGUGAAGCAUAUGCGGAUAAACCAAAAACGCACCGGAAAGAGGAUCCCCAAAGCUGGAAAGCCAGAGGCCCCAACGCCAGAGCUAGUGCUGAAGCUAAUAUCAUUUCAGCCGCAGCAAUGGCUCGAGCCGAAAUUGCUAGUGCAUCAGCUCAAGCGGGUCCAGUUGGUGUAAAAGUGGGACUGGGGGUUGACACGGGAGCAUCUCUCAGUCUGAUAGACGGGCUGGAGUUAAAGGUCCUGGGAACUGGAUUCACAUUUGGUCCGAGAACCAGCGUGUCUUUUCUGGGUUCGGAGCUGUCAUGUUCAGUCAUGUAG